GCAGGACCACUGGGCUCCAGCCAUGGAGGGGGCUAGGGCCACUGAGCCGGUCCUAGAUGCUAAGUUCGAAGUCACUAGCCAGCUUAUAGAUUUUCAGUGGAAACUCGGCAUGGCUGUGAGCUUGGACAGCUGCAGAUCACUUAAGUAUCCUUACGUUGUAGUAAUGCUAAAAGUGGCAGAUCAUUCUAGCCAAGUAAAGAACAAGUCCUUUGAAAUGACAAUUCCUCAAUUUCAGAAUUUUUACAGACAGUUCAAGGAAAUUGCUGCUGUUAUGGAAACUGUGUGAAACUCUUUGGUUGAUACAGUCC